GAGGAGAUAAAUAAGAUGCUAGAGGAGAACGCGAAAAUCAGGUGGUGCCACGUGGCACGCUACCUGGCAAGCAGGCAUCGCAUCUGACCCAAAGCCAAGCGAACCAAGCCACUACGCCUAUGGCGGUCCUUCAUCUUCACGUUCAUCUCCUUCCCCUUUCAUCAUCACCAUCAUCUUCUUCACCUCAUUCACAGAGCCUAAAUUACUCUUGCUUUCCACGCCUCUCCAACUCUAUUUGCUCUGCUUGAUCGUAGGCUCGCAACUAAGGCCGAGGGGGCUGAAGACGCGUCUAAGUGGCACAGAAGAUUCCUUGGGGGUCUGUUUUCAAUUGGGUAUUGAGUUUUAGCAUCUGGGAUUGCCCAGUUUCCCCAUUUUCAGGUACCCAAUUCUUGUUUCUGUGGGAAAUUGUUGAUCUGGGUAUUCAGUUUGGAUCUAGUUUGAUAAAGUUUGGGACUUUUGGGGUGUGGUGGUGUGAUUUUGAUUGGCUGUUGGAUGAAAUUUGGUUGUUUUGAUCUUAUUUUUUUGGUCUUGGCGAUUGUUGCGAUGGUGGCCGUGAUAGGUGUUCGGAAAUAUGAUGGUUUUGUGUGGUUUUGAUGGAGUUGUUAUAAAUGGAGGAUUUCUCAAUUUCGGUUAGUGAAGUUGAAGAACAUGCUUAUAAUUAUCGGUUCAAAUCUUCAAAAUUUGAAAUAUAUAUGGUGUGAGUGUUACUCAUGUGUAAUAAAGGAAUUGCGUGCUUGAGCGAGUCUGAGAACCCAAUUGAUCAGCAACACCCUCAUCAAGCUGUGUACUUGAUGGAUAGCCCUUCCGCUACCCCUCACUUUGGUUCUAAUUCCACCGCUGUUUCGAGCCCUAAUUGGAAUGAGGAGAGCCCACGUGUUAAAUUUCUAUGUAGCUUUUCGGGUAGUAUAUUGCCUCGCCCACAAGAUGGGAAGCUCCGGUAUGUGGGUGGAGAGACACGAAUUGUGAGUGUUCCACGAGAUAUUAAGUAUGAGGAGUUGAUGAACAAGAUGAGGGACCUUUAUGAAGGGGCAGCAGUGCUCAAGUACCAGCAACCUGAUGAAGAUCUUGACGCACUUGUAUCGGUUGUGAACGAUGAUGAUGUGACUAAUAUGAUGGAAGAGUAUGAUAAGCUGGGCUCUGGUGAUGGUUUCACUAGGCUCAGGAUUUUUCUGUUUUCGCAUCCGGACCAAGAUGGGUCAUCACACUAUGAGGGAGAUGAAAGGGAUAAUGAGAGGAGGUAUGUCGAUGCUCUCAAUAAUUUAAAUGAUGGUUCCGACUUUAGGAAGCAGCAUCCUGAGUCCCCUUUUAUUAAUCCAGUUGAUGAUAUCCAUAUAGCUGAACAGUUUUUUAGCCCAAUAAGUCUUGAGGGUGGCCUUCAGAGAAGUUGUGAUAUGUCCGCACCUCAAUAUAACUUGCAUCACCUCAAGAUACCUCAUAUAGGAUCAGGGCAACACCAUCAACCGAUUACUCAGAGGUAUAACGAAAUGGAAGCUCCUUGGAGUCCUGCAUACUAUUCUCCUAGGCAUCAUGGGCAUCUUGAUCCAAGACCAAUGCCAGAAUUUCCAUCUUCUCCUUCCUCUGCACGGUACCGUAUUCCAUUUCCAGAUUUACCUGAUAAAUGUUUAGAUAGAAUGCCUGAAGAAUAUGCACGACAGCCAUUGAAUCAUCAGCCUGCAUAUGAACACCAAACACAAUAUACUGAGAAUGUUGUGUGGCUUCCAAGUGGAGCUAUAUCUGGUGAAAAGUCUGGCUUUCCUGGUAACAUCUUUCAUGGAACCAAUGUUCUCGAAGGAAACAGUAUUUGUGAGCAUUGCCGGAUGAAUUUCCAGAGAAACCAACCACAUUUUGAGCAAUCCAACAUGGUGAAUGGAUUUCACCAGGUUGCUAACCCAAGCAAUGAGUGUCCUCCACAUAGAGAAAGUUUCAUAAUGAAUUCAGAUGCAAAGUUGCACCAUGAGAUAUACGCAAGUGAACAGAAUAAUGGUCCUCCAUCUCUUUAUAAUGAGACUCCAAAUCAUGAAAGAGGAUGGAUUCCACAUCAUCAUUUGAAUUGUCGGACUGAGGAAGCAAGACCACAUGUCUGUGGAGCUGGGAAAUUGAAUGAUCACUACAUUGUAGAUGGUCCCAGCAUGAAUUUGCCUCAUGGUCCUAGUAAUAUGGUUGAUGGCCAUCACGUCUCUUCAAAUUAUGUUCAUCAGCGAGUUGCACCUGAAAUUGGAAAUGAAGUAUUUCAUGACCGACCUGUGCCUGCUCCACCCCAUGUACACGUUGCUCCUCCAGAAGAGCGUGGGGUUCGUUAUGGGAAUCCUCCUUAUGCCUAUGGAGGAGAUAGUUCUUACCCGGUGUCUCAUGGACAUGUACCUGGACCUGCAGUAUGGAGAAAUGUUCAGAGCCCAAUGCAUGCUGCGCCCUCUUACGAAGCGUCCAAUUCUGCUCCACAAGUGAAUGGUACUGUUAACCCAGGAUUUCUCAGGCAUGAGGAUAGUCCAAGGUUUGGCCUUACAGUAGACAAUCAAAAUAUUUGGGCUGACUCCUCGCAGCAAAUGUUAGGUUUCGAUGGAAAAGUUGUUCCGGACUAUUCGUAUGGCCACACUUUGAAGUUUAAUCCAAACACACUUGGUCAGGAAAAUCAUCCUCCAUUUCCUUCAGACCCUACUCAACCCACACCUGAUAUGCUAAAUUGUGCUAUUCCUUUAGACCCCGUUACUGGAGUUGUGAGGUUGGGGGGAGAAAGUUUGCCUGGAGAAGAAAAGGAGGUAAAUCUUGUGGAGAAGCUAGAGAACUCUGACAUGCAGGGUAUAAGUCAGAACAAAUUUUCCGAUAAAAAUUAUGAAAUGGUAUCUCCUGAGUUGAUAAAUUCAAAUUUCCCUAAGCUUACUGAAGUAAGUGGUGAUGUUGUCAAAACUAGUGACAAUGAUCAUUCUACUCCUGAAGUUCCAAAGCUUUCUGUUAGCCAUUUGAGUUUCAUACCUGAGUUGAUGGCUUCUGUAAAAAGAGCUGCAUUAGAGGAGGCUGAGGAGGUGAAAGCCAAUGUUAAAGAAAGUGGAGAUCCUGAGAAGGAUAGUUCAAUAGCCGAAGAAGCAGCUGCAAACAAUUUGGAGCGAGUGAACACUCCUGGAGAUGGGGAAUUGGAUUCUGAUAACGAUUAUCUGAACAAUUCCAAAAUUGAGCCAACGAAGGCUGAGGCAGAAGCUAUUUCCAAGGGAUUGCAGACAAUAAAGAAUGAUGAUCUAGAGGAGAUUCGAGAAUUGGGUUCUGGAACUUAUGGGGCUGUUUUUCAUGGGAAGUGGAAGGGGUCUGACGUAGCGAUAAAGAGAAUAAAAUCCAGCUGUUUUGCUGGGAGACCAUCAGAAAGAGAACGCUUGAUUGCAGAUUUCUGGAAGGAGGCUUUGAUACUUGGUUCAUUGCAUCACCCAAAUGUUGUUUCUUUCUAUGGUAUUGUGCGUGACGGUCCUGAUGGGUCGUUAGCAACAGUGACCGAAUUCAUGGUUAAUGGAUCUUUGAAACAGUUUUUGCAGAAAAAAGACAGAACAAUUGAUCGUCGUAAAAGAUUGAUCAUUGCUAUGGAUGCUGCAUUUGGAAUGGAGUAUCUGCACGGGAGAAAUAUAGUACAUUUUGACUUAAAGUGUGAAAAUCUUUUAGUAAAUAUGAGAGAUCCACAGCGGCCUGUAUGUAAGAUUGGUGAUUUGGGAUUAUCGAAAGUAAAACAGCACACUUUAGUGUCUGGAGGUGUUCGUGGAACUUUGCCUUGGAUGGCACCUGAACUUCUUAGUGGGAAAAGUAACAUGGUAACAGAAAAGAUUGAUGUUUACUCGUUUGGAAUUGUUAUGUGGGAACUCCUUACGGGGGAUGAGCCAUAUACGGAUAUGCAUUGUGCUUCUAUAAUUGGGGGAAUUGUGAACAACACAUUGCGUCCUCAAAUUCCCACUUGGUGUGAUCCUGAAUGGAAAUCUUUGAUGGAAAGUUGUUGGGCCUCUGAGCCUUCUCAGAGGCCAUCAUUUUCUGAAAUCUCUCAGAAGCUAAGGAAUAUGGCUGCUGCAAUGAAUGUGAAAUAAUUCCAGCUUGUGCAGUUGAUUCACUUCUUGCAUUGUAUGUUAGCCAGGACUUAGCCAAAGAGGAAAAUAAAUUGAAGCGUAGAUUUUGCAGUGUAAGGCCACCACUGGUUUAAAAGUAUAUUAAGGCUAAUAGUGUAAUAUUAUGCCUUGGUUCAUAUUUAAGGUACCCUUUGUAUACUGCUGUGAAAUGGUAAUGCUCUUUGAGAAGUGCCGGAUAAUGCACUUUAGAGUGGCUUUUGCCUGGAAGGGGCUUCAUCAUACACCAGCCGGAGCCAUGAUGGCACGACCAGAAUGUUUUAGUAAUUUGGUUGAGAUCACAACGGUACUGAGAUCGAAGCUGAACCAAGGUCUCGUUUGAAGGGCAUGUAUAUAAAUUAAUUGUUAUUAAAGCUAUAUCCUGAGAGGAUAAUGACGCAUUAUACUUACAAAUUUUACACAAUUGAACCUAUUUCGUUAUUCGUUAUUUUAUUUUAUUUUGGGCCUCUGCUGGGUAUGUUAGCCAGGAACAUCUGUUUAUAUGUCAGGCUUAUGCUUUGGCUCUUAGAAUGUGAAAAGCAUAUGAGUAUUUGUAAGAACCUCUUUACAACAUUAAAGUCUGGCUUUAGUGUAUUUGAUGUAGAAACUAUAAAGGCAUAGAUGUAUAAAGUAUCUGAAUAUUUGAUCGAA